AUGGACUUAGGCGAACUUCACCAUCGACUUUGCAAAAAGAUUGCUCAACUCACUAAAGUUAUUUUCUUCUUGAACACCAAAAAUGAUGAAUAUGAAAGUAAUCUCAAAGCAGUUGUUUAAGCAUAUGAAUAAGAAAUGGAUUAGAUUGUAAAAGAUGCCAAUCAGAUCGUACUUACUUACAAGCAGGCAUUAGAUAAGUAGAGCAAAAAUGAUGAUAUUUAAUAAGAACUAAAACAACUUCAAGAAAAAGUUCAAGUAGAGAAAUAGACUGCAUAAAUUGAAUAUUCUUAAUAUAGGAAAAGGAUGGAAGAGAAAGAAUAAGGUCUUGUAACUCAGUAUGAAAAGAAGAUAAAAGAUAUUUAGAAGGAAACAGAAUUUUAAAAAUAAAAAUUUGAUGAUCUUUCAAAGUAAGUUGACAAAGUGAUCAUGAAAUAAGAAGAGUUAAGGAGAGGAUCAUAGAAAUAGUUGGAAGACACUAUUAAGGAAUGGAAAGAAAAGUAUGAUACUCUUAUGAGGAAAAAACUUGAAUAAGACGAUUAAAUAGCAGAGAAAGAUAGGAGACUUCAGAAACAAUAAUUAGAAAUUGAUGAUUUAUUGAAAAAAAUAGAAGAAGAGAAGAGAAAGUCUAAAGAGGCUUAGGAUAGAUUAUAAGAUUUGAUGAAGUAAAAUUUCGAUUAAAAAUUGCAAUCAUUAUAAAAUGAAAUAAAUUCACUAAAAUAAGAAGUUACCAAUCUUAAAAAUUAAAAAGAUGAUCUUACUAAGCAUAACCAUAAUCUCUCCGAUGAAGUUAAUCAGCUUAAAGAUUAGAUUGCUAAACUUACUCUUGAUUUAAAGGACAUUGGAUAAAAAUAUCAACAAUCUCAAACUGAAGUAUUGUCUUAGAAAAAUGAAAAUAGUAAAUUGAAAUAGACAAAUAGCGAUUUGGAAGACAAGAUUAAGUAACUUAAUUCUUAAAUUGAAAAUCUUAAAUCAUAAUUACAUGCUUAUUAAUAGGAUGGAUCCAUGAGGGAAACUCAAUUAACUAAGUAGUUAAGUGAUCUUGAAUAAUAACUUAAAUCUAAAGAUUUUGAAAUUAGAGAACUUCAUAUUAAAUUGAAUGAGUUACAGAAGAAGGCAGAUAUGCUUUAAAUGGAGCUAAAUGCUGUUAGAGAUGCAAGUGAUCGGAGCAAUAGUGAUAAAUUAAAAGAGAUUGAAGAGUUAAAGAAGAAUGUCAGAAGAUUGGAAGAUGAAAUUGAAAAAUUGUAAAAUUAAGCAAAAAAUUAAAUGGGAGAAUUAGAAAAGAAUUUAUUGAAUAAAAUUGAACAAAUUGAAGCAGAGAAAAGAGAAUUAAUUAAACGAUAUGAGGAGAAAAUACAAAAGAUUACUACCGAAUACGAAUUAAAAUUGAAAGAAUUAAGAGAAGAAUUAGAAAAUAAGAUUAAAAAUUUAGAAAACAAUCAUGCUUAAGAGAUUGAAUCAAUUAAAAAUGAUUUUAAUAAAAGAUUGAAGCAAUUAGAGUAAUAAUUAAAUGAUGAAAGGGCAAAUGUUGAAAAAUCUGCUGGUUAGGCAAUUAAUGAUUUGAAAAACUAAAUUAAUUAAGCCAAUCUUAAAAUAUCAGGAUUGGAAAGUGAAAUCUAAAAUUUGUAAAAUAAGAUCAAAGAGUUAGAAUAAACUAUUAUUUAUAAUCUCAAUUAAAUAACAAGCAAAGAAUAGGAAAUUAAACAAUUAUUGUAAAGAAUUGCUGAAUUAGAGGAUAAAAUUAAACAAAUACAAUCAGAAGGAUCUAGCAACUAAGGAUAAUUAUAAACCAGAAUUUAAGAAUUAGAAUAAUAAAUCAAGUAAUAAAGGAUUGAUCUAUUGAGGGAGAAAGAUGAAUAAUUAAAUCAAUAAAAGCUAUCCUAUGAAUAAUAGAUAGAUAGUUUGAGAUAAUAAUAUGAAGCUGAAAAAAAGUAAAUAAAAGUUGAUUUUGAAAGAAAAUUGUAGUUAAAAGAAGAGGAAAUUGCAAAGCUUUUAUAAUAAAUCACCUCUCUCAAAAAGGAUAUGGAAACUGGAUAAGGGGAUUGGGCAAGGAGAUUAAAGUUAAAAGAGGAAGAAUUUGAGUAAAUGCUUAAGGAAAUUAACUUAAAACAUAAUUAUGAAAUAGAAUUGUUAGACAAAAAGAAUACAUAAAUGAAAGAAUAAAUGAAAGUAUAUUAUGAAAAAGAAAUCUAAUAAAUAAAAGAUGAUUUGAAUGUAGAAACUCAGAAUAAGUUAAAUUAGUAAGCCAGAGAAUUUGAAAAUUAAAAAUAAUCACUAAUCAAAAACUAUGAAAAUUAAUUAUAAGAUGUUUAAUAAAGAUAUGAGAGAUAGUUAAAUGAUAAAAUUUCAGAGUUUGAAAAUAAAUUAAAAUAGUUGUAAAAUAAACUCGAAUAAGAGUAAUCCGAUCAUAAAGCAACUAAAGAUAUUAUCUCCGAUCUAAGGAGGUAAUUAGAAAACUCUUUAGAGUUAAACAAGAAUACUUCAGAUAAAUAUGAACAGUAAAUUAAGAUAUUGUAGUAAUAAAUUAAAGAUUUAAAUAUCAAAUAUCAAUAGGCUGAAGUAGAAUUUUCAAAGCAAAUUAAAGAAAAGGAUGUAUGGGUAUAAUAGAUGAAAGAAGAAGCUAAAUAACUAGAAUAAUAAUUGCGAUAAUCUCUUAACUAACAAUUAAAGGAUAGCUUAAUCAAACAAAAAGAUUUUGCUGAUAAUUUAAAAAAUGAGUUUGAAUAGGCACAACAAUUACUAAUGUAAAAGUUAUAAAUGCUUGAAGAAGAUUAUAAAGAAAUUACUCGUCUCUAUGAAGAAAGACCCAGUCGACCUGAAGAUUUAGAAUUGAUUAAAUAGUUAUAAUCCUAAGUCAAUUUGAAAGAUGAAGAGAUCAAAAAGGUCAAUGAAUAGAUGAAAUACUUUAAAUUAGAAUUAAUUAAUAGAGAUAAUAACUACAACAAAAUGUUCAAUGUGAAUCCAACAAUAGGAACACUCAAUGUUUUAGAAAAUAAAUCUAAACCAUAAACUGGUAAAAUGCAAUAAAAGAAAUGA